GCGGCUCGGCCUUCCGCUGCGCUCGGCUCCCGCAGGCGCUCGGCCCCGCGCCCCUCGGCCGCUGCCCCGCCGGUUGGACAGGGAAAAGCCCAUGGCUGGGCCCACCACCCACGUUGCCCCCAUGCUGUUCCUCGCCCUCCUCCUGCUACUGGAGCUGAGCCUGGCAGUCUCCCUGGGACCCGGAAGCUCUGCUCGGAACCUCCCGGAGAAUCACAUCGACCUCCCAGGCCCAGCACUGUGGACGCCCCAGACCAGCCACCACCGCCGGCAGGGCCUGGGCAAGAAGGAGCGUGGCCCAGGCACACCUGGCCGGGCCCAGGAUGGGGCUGUGGUUGCCACCACCAGGCAGGCCUCCAGGCUGCCAGGGGCAGGGGGGCUGCUGCCUGGGCAGAAUCCUGCAGGCCUGCUGCAUGACAAGGAUCUGCUCCUGGGGCUGACACUGCCCUACCCCGAGAAGCAGAGCCGGUCUCCAGGGUCAGAGAGGGUGAAGAAACGAGGCAGGGAGCACAAGAGCCGUAAGGAGAGGUUGAAACUGCACAGAGGCCGAGCCUUGGUCAGAGGUCCCAGCUCCCUGAUGAAGAAGGUGGAGCUCUCAGAAGACCAGGCCCCGGAUGCUGCGAUGGAGGAAUCCUCCACCAGCCUGGCCCCCACCAUACUCUACCUCACCACCUCUAAGGCAGCACCUGCCACAGAAGAGUCCCUGAUCCUGCCCGUCACAUCCCUGUGGCCCCAGGCUCAUCCCAGGCCUGACGGGGAGGUGAUGCCCACACUGGAUAUGGCCUUGUUUGACUGGACCGAUUAUGAAGACUUAAAGCCUGAGGUCUGGCCGUCUACGAAGAAGAAAGAGAAACACCGGGGCAAACUCUCCAGCGAUGGGAAUGAAACAUCACCGGCUGACGGGGAGCCCUGCGACCAUCACCAGGACUGCCUGCCAGGGACCUGCUGCGACCUCCGGGAGCAUCUCUGCACGCCCCACAACCGAGGCCUGAACAACAAAUGCUUUGACGACUGCAUGUGUGUGGAAGGGCUGCGCUGCUACGUCAAAUUCCACCGGAACCGCAGGGUCACCCGGAGAAAGGGGCGCUGCGUGGAGCCCGAAACGGCCAACGGCGACCAGGGAUCUUUCAUCAAUGUCUAG